AUGUCACAAAUAAUUCACACAUAUGAUAAAAAUAAAAAUAAACGUGUUACUAUAGCCAAUGUAUUUUCAAGUACACCAACUAAAUCUAUAAUAAAGCAUGGCAAUAUAUCUUUAUCUGAGAUUGAUACAGGUUCUUCUUCAAGUGGAGGUAAAAUUACAAGAAAUGUACGGUUUCAGCUAAGAGAUUUGGCAAACAAGCACGAAAGACACUUGAAGAAAAAAAAGAGAUCAGACAUAAAACGGAUAGUGAAAAACUCUGACAGCAAAUGUGAAGCUAAACGAACAGAAUUAAUCAACCAAUCUUUAAAUGAGGAGCGAAAGAAAAAUUUAAAGAACAAAAAAGAGUCCGUCAAAAAGAAGCUAAUUGUAACUCAAACAAAAGACAAGGAUAGUGAAUGGGAAACCGAAUCGGAAAAAUCAGUUAAUGAAUUAUCAAUUCGUUCUUUAUCCACCUCAAAGGACGACGAGCGCAUGAAACUAUUUGAAGAUCCGUGUACACCGGAAAAAAUUCGAGAUACACCGAAAACAUAUGAAGAAAUUCUGUUGGAAUCACCGAUUAUAGGAUCCUUUAGAAGAAGAUCAUGUUUAGUUUCAAAAAAGAAUGACAUCAUACUGCAAAAUGAACUAUUUCCGAUGAAUUGGUUACCAUCGAAAAUACGAAAUCUAGAUGAGACAAUUGAAGAUGAAACACUAUUCGAUUAUGAAGGCAAUAAAAAGGCACACGUGUCGUUACAGAAACCAGAAAUAAAAUCUAAACAAACAUCUAAAAAUGUUAGCUUUUCUGAUUUACAAUCUCCGACGAUAACAUUUCGUCGGGAUUGGCCUAUCAAAACAUAUUCUAGAAAAACUACUCCGCAUUUAACAUUAUCUUUCGAGCUGUCACCAAUCAAACUUAUGAGUUUUAGACCAAGACUUCCUAAGAAGACAAAAAAUACUCCAAUUCUUCCAGUAAUGGACAGCUCUUCUCAAGAAGAAUUUAAAAAUGACAAACUCAAGACAAAGACUAGCAAAAGGAAUAUGAGAAACCAGAAGAAGAAAAUUAAAAAACCCCACCAAAAAACAAAAACUAAUAGAGCCGUCCAAUCUACAUUAAAACAAAAAUAUGAUAUAUAUGAUAUAUAUGAUGAAAUAGACACUGAGUUUGAAAAUGGUGGUCAAGAUGUAUAUUCUAAGGAAACUAAACAAUUAGAUCAUUAG